GGCUGUAGACAGUCAGGUUGGUCGAGUGAUGAAAAGCUCUGGAAGCGUUAUGAUGCAAGGUAGCUCUAACGACGUUACGCUACCGUUAAGAGCAACAAUUACUGGUUGGAAACUCGUUGGCAACCACGUUAAAGCUGAGUAUGUUAUUGAAGUGGAGAAGCUUUUAGAGAAGAAGGUCAGCCAUAAAAUCCAGAGACGUUACGCGGAAUUCAGUAGUUUAAGUAAAACUUUGGAAAAGUUUGGCAUCAGCUUGGGUCUACCGCCAAAAAAAGUCUUCGGAAAUCUGAAAGAAGAAUUCAUUGAUAAACGAAAGGCGGCUUUACAGAAGUUUCUGGAUGUGAUAUGUUCACAUGUGCUCUUUUAUGCGGGACAUGCUGUCACUGAAUUUCUUCGCCUUUAUUAUCCAAUUGAACUGAAGGAGUGGACCUUGUUGAGUGUACGAAGUCAUCCAGAAUGGUUUGUUCAUCAAUAUCGACCUUACUGUGGCUGGCGGGCUGAGAAACAGUACUUUGAAGUAACUUCUGGAAAGGCAACGUUUGUUCUGAGUAGUAUUCGUUAUGGUCCUGACCGCUGUGCUACGAUGGAUCAGCUGAACAGUGCAUUGGACUUUAUAAGGAAUAUAAACAACCCUCAUUUGAAAGAAUGUGUUUCUAGUUGGGCAGACAACAAUGGAAUUGUAUUGGUUCGCCCUGUUUCAUCAUGCGGAACACUUCGAGAUCGUCUGUAUAAAAGCGAUUGGAGAGGAGAUUUUUACGCAAAGUAUAAUGUUGAAUUAUCUGCGUGCUCUUUGCAGUUGACAGAUGUAAGAUUUAUUUGUCGCCACGUGCUUGAAGCCUUGCUGGUCCUUUGUGCUUUGUCGAUUCCCUUCCUAGAUGUACAUAGCGGUAAUGUCUUAGUCACGGAUGAAGGGUGCGAAUUGAUCGAUUUUGAUCAGGUGUUGGCAGGCCAACCGAAUAUUCACCGUCCAUCAAUGUUGAAAAAUGCGGCAGUUAAUAGCAUCGAGGAUAUGAUGGUUUUUUCCUUUGGAGAAUUUUUAUUCGAAUUGCUCACUGGAUUUUUCUCAUUGCCAAUGGAAGCUUUGAACGAUGAGAUCGAUCUAGUACCAGACCAGUUUAGGCCGCUCUUGAAAUCCAUUUUUCUUUCCGAGAAUCGCAAGCUACCUACUCUGCUGGAAGUUGCAAGUUCAGACUUAUUCGUGGAUAUUCCUGUUGCAAGAAUGAAUCGCAGGGAAGUCCGUAUUCCUAGUCAUGUAAAAACAACACUAGAUGCAUUGUGCAGUCAAAUACUGGAAAGGUUUCAAACGGAUCGUAAUAAACUAAAUAUCAUGAGGAAAGAACAGAAGAUGCAAAAGUUCAUUUUCUCCGAAAGUGAGAGACAGCGAAGGAAGCAGAUCAUUAAAAAAGAACAAAUGAGCCAGAGUAAAGGAAACAAAGUGGGAGAAACUCAAGGUGCUUCUCUGAUUGACAGUGCCACUACUUCACCCGUUACGGAACAAGUUUCAAACUCUGAAAUGGUACAAUAAUU